GCUUUCAAAGUUUUGACACUUGCGGUUAACCUCAAUAAACAAGAAAAAAUAAACGAAAACUGAGAUUCAGCAAUCGUAUUCGGUUCGCCCUAGUUUAUGUUCAUUUUAGUUGUCAUAAAAUAUUAUAAUCGAUAUGAAUACCCUUCCGAAUGAUAAUAAAUUAGUAUCGGAUGAAAAUUACUCUUCAAAAUCAGAUGUUCUCGUAUUUCUUGAGGAGAAACUAGAAAAUGUUUGUAAUUUUCGCGAUAGAUAUUUUGAAACUCAUAGUUUAGAUGAUGCCAUUCAUAAAAAUGACGACCUGAAGAAGCUUCAGGAAGAAACACUGAAAAUAUUUGAGGAAAAUGAAACAGCUGCAACAAAAAGUAAUAAAGCAAAAUACUUUUUUAUGAAGGGUGCGCUGUUGAAUGUAGUCCCUGAAUAUAGUAAAGAUGCUGAGAAUCUACUUUCAAAGGCUAUUAAAUUAGAUAGAAAACUUGUGGAAGCUUGGAAUGAGCUGGGGGAUUGUUAUUGGAAAAAUGAUGAAGUGAAAAAAUCAAAAAGUUGCUUUGAGGGAGCUUUGAAAGAGAGAAAGAAUAAAGUUUCAUUGAGAAACCUUUCGAUGUUAUCAAGACAAGAAGUUGUCAUCUCACAAGCUGAAUGCAUUGCUAAUGUAGAAAAAGGUCUCAACUAUGCAAAGGAAGCAGUUAAAUUAGAUGCCCAGGAUGGUCUUUCAUGGAGUUGUUUAGGCAAUGCUCAUCUUUCAUAUUUUUUUCAUGUUCAACAGAAUCCAAAAAUAUUGAAGCAAGCAAUAAGUGCCUAUUUCCAAGCGGAGAAAGACAUUGUAGCCAGAAGUUCCCCUGAUUUGCAUUACAACAAAGGGAUUAUGCUUAAAUACAAAGAGGAAUUCAAAGAAGCUUUAGAAUCCUUCAAAAAAUCUAGUUUAUAUGAUCCUACAUGGGAUAGACCAAAAAAGAGGGAGCAACAACUUAUCGAGUAUCUGAAUAAUAUAGAAGAAUUGGUAUCAACUAAAGGGAAAAUGAAAACCAAAAAGUUGAAGAAUUUACUUGAUUCUAUAGACUCUAAACAUCUAGGACCAUAUUUGGAAGAUACAAAAAACAUACUCACAGGUGCCAAUGCAAGGUUAAUCAGGGUCAACAUUCAGGAAUUGAAACCUGGAGUGAAUGAAUUGAAGGUUUUGCUUGGAAAAGUUGUCUGUUCAGUGAGGAAUGAAGAUACUGUUCCUUUUACUUUUUGUCUGGUGGAUGAAACAGGGGAGUGUGUUGUUGUCACAUUAUUCAAUCUAGCAGAUGGAAAAGGAGUUAUAAUAGGGGAUUCAGUGGCGAUUCCUGAACCAUUGGUGACUGAUGUGAACUUCGACUACAAUUCUGUUAGCUAUAAGUUCAGACUGAUUCGGGUAGAGACUCCAAUUCUUGUAGCUGUGAAUGGUAAACUUCUCCAGAAAGAUCAAACAGCGGGUGUUCAAAUGUCAAUUUUUCGAAAAUUCGAUUGACAAUCAUUUUCCCAGCUUGGGGAUCCAUAAACUGUGCUUUAAGACAUCAGUGAAUUAAACCACCGUGAAAACUUUUCGUGUACUAAUAGAAAUGUGAUCGACUCUAAUAUCAUGAUAUGUCUGAAAAUUUAACCAAUAACUCCAAUUUUAACUUUCGAUGUAGUAUGUUUCACAAAUGGCUGUGAAUAGAUCAGAUGUAGAUUAUUUGGAAGGUUUCGUAUCUACAACUUAUUUCAGAAGAAAAAAUGUAGAAUUUAUUUGAUGUUUGUUUUAACGUCGAAAAUGAGCAAUUUUGUGAAUAUAUUAUAUGUACUAUGAUUUUGUAAAUACUUAUUACUCAAUAAAGACCAAUUAAAUAA